AUGCCCUCCUUCCCACUUUGCACCCAAUUGAAAAGACACCGCUACUUUUCUCUCUCACACUCUCUCUCCCUUUUACUUGCUAUUCUCCUCCUCUUCCGCCUACUCUCUCUCCCCACCCAACUAACCAUCGUGGUCGACACGAAGCGAGGUGCACGAAGUGGCGUACACGAAGAAGGUGCUGAAGGUACACGAACGAGGUGCACGAGGUGGCGUACACGAAGCGAGGUGCACGAAGUGGCGUACACGAAGCGAGGUGCACGAAGUGGCGUACACGAAGCGAGCCAGAGGUUCCCAACCACCGGGCCGGGGACCAGUACCGAGCCGGAAACCAGUACUGGACCAGGGACCAGUAUCGGGCCGUGGACUAUUUGGUACCGGGCCGGGGACGAGUACUGGACCAGGGACCAGUACCGGGCCGGGGACCAGUACCGGGCCGGGGACCAGUACUGGACCAGGGACCAGUACCGGGCCGUGGACCAGUACCGGGCCGGGGACCAGUACUGGACCAGGGACCAGGGACCAGUACCGGGCCGGGGACCAGUACUGGACCAGGGACCAGUACCGAGCCGGGGCCAGUACUGGACCAGGGACCAGUACCGGGCCGUGGACUAUUUGGUACCGGGCCGUGGACCAGUACUGGACCAGGGACCAGUACCGAGCCGGGGACCAGUACUGGACCAGGGACCAGUACCGGGCCGUGGACUAUUUGGUACCGGGCCGGGGAUCAGUACUGGCCAGGGACCAGUACCGGGCCGUGGACUAUUUGGUACCGGGCCGUGGACCAUUUGGUACCGGGCCGCACAGUAA